AUGCCGAAAGAUUCCCACGUGUUGCAGAAAGAUACCGUCGUCCUCGAUAUCACCAAAGCCCAUAAGCUGCAAGGUCAACUACCUGGAGGGCGAUGGAAUCAUUGGCAACAACCAUUCGUCACGCUGAACUGCCGAGCACUAUCGAGUGAACUCCAACAAGCCGCUCUAUCCAGACUUCUGCGAUAUCUCUAUAAGCUGUUUGCUGCACUGCAGGAAACACGCAUGAGAGAUCAGCAUUGA